CAGUGGAGUGAAGAUACGUUGAGUGAUCUUUUAUACCAUAUCUUGUUAAAUUUCACUUUUAGUCUGAAAAUCUAAACACACAGCAUGCUUCAAAGUUUGUUUGGACUUAUUUAUCUCUCAACGCUUUCUCAGUUAGUGACUCUUACAGGUACACAAGCUACAUGUCCUAUAAAGUUUAUCCCAGCGAGUGUUGUUGUGGAGUACGGCAGCUCUGUUUCAGUGGAUUGUAGCAUGGAUGCCACACCUGAUAAGAUUGGCUGGGAAACCAAAGUAGGAUCAGUAUCCCUGGAAAAAGCUAAACUGAUCACCUGGAGAGUGUCUGAUCUGAGACAAUGGGACAUACGGCCACAGUGCUACAUGAACUACAAUAGGACAGCAGCAUGUGAAUCUUUUCUCCCAGUCACAGUUUACAAGACUCCAGAUAGUGUCUCCAUCAGCACAGUGAAUCACACAGGACCAAUGAUAGAGGGAUCACAGUAUGAGCUCCAGUGUGUCAUUGUGAAUGUGGCUCCUGUUAAGAGUCUCAUUGUGAAAUGGUUUAAAGGAGAGACAGAGGUGAAAACUAAGACCUUCUAUGACACCAUCAAGACUCCAGUGAAUGUAAGAUCUACACUUCAGAUCACUGCAAACAGAGAUGAUGAUGGAGUUCAGUACAGAUGUGAAGCAGAGCUGGAACUGGGAGCAGAUGGACCUCAACCUCCUCCUAAAGUGACAUCAGAACCUAUUCAGAUUACAGUACGGUAUUCACCAGAAGACAUUAAAGCAGUGGACAUCAUCAAUUUUGCAGGAAGUCAUCCAACAUUCAUUGGUUAUCUUAUUUUCCUACCAAUGCUGAUUGCUUUAGGAAUUGUCGUGUGAGGAAGAUACAAAUGAAUGGUCCUUAAAGUUUUAUUCCUCUUCUUUUUCAAAUCAAUCAUGAAAAUGAAUUAUAAUGAUUGAUUCUGUACAUCGCUAGUUUGAUAUGCAUGCUUUUGGUGUCAUCUGAGGCACAAAGUGAUUUAUUUUUAUUAUAGAGAUUCACUGUCUUGCUUUUAGAUCAGUAACUGCUUUGCAUUAAAAUCUUGUGAACACUCAUUAAAAUCUUGUGAACUAUCAAUUAUUCAUGGCUUCUAAAUUCAUUCCUGUUUGGAUCCUAAGGAAUGAAUGGGGCUAGGCUAAAUGCUACCACAUUCACAACGCGCUGUACAAAGAUUAAGUGCACACAUUGAAAAAAGAUAGGUUUGUAUUAAUUAGUCUUAGUUGAGGUAAGAACAUAGUAAAAUAUUGAAAAACUGUGGUGUUUUCCUUUUACUAUGUUUUUGAGCCAAUGUGAUUCAAACAGGCUAGUUCAUUUUUCCAACAAUACGUCACACUAGUUAAGCAGAGAAGCAUUCCUGAAUGGAUUUAAAGGCUUAAAAUGUCAUUUUCUCAGCAAGAUGUUGCUAAACAACAACAUCAGCAUCAGUGUUGGGGGUAAAGCAUUAUAAGUAACGUGCAUUACGUAAUAAUAUUUCUUUUCUGAAGUAACGAGUAAAGUAACGCAUUACUUUAUAAAUGUACACAUUAAUAUCUGAGUUACUUUUUUAAAAAAGUAGUGCUAGUUACUUUUCAGUUUAAUUAAUUCGAUUUAAAGAUAUAUAUAAUGCAAAAACUGAACAUAGUCACGUAGACACACACUAUG